AUAAUAAAAAAAUAAACCAUGAACAGCGAUUAUUCAGAUAACUAAUUACAAUCACAAAAAUAUCCUUCCCAAAAUAAAUUAGACAUCCAACCUUAAUCCUAAUUCCCUGAAUAAAACUUCUAAAACUAACCAAUAAACGAUCCUCUCCAGCAAUCAGACGUUCAACACCCAACUCACUAUUAUCCUCCUGUCCAUUACGCUCCUCCCCUUUAAUACAUUUAAGGAAGACCUUUAUUACAAUCCAGAAUUUUACACUAACCUUUACAAUAUGUUUAAUAAUAACCUGUAUAAUAUCUUUAAUAAUCUAUAGCUUAAUAACCUGUAAUCUAAUAAACUAUAGUCUAAUAACCUAUAGUCUAGCAAUCUUCUCAUUAAUAUCAGGUUGUAAAAGGAGAAUCCAGAAUUGAAUAUGUUCCUUAUGAAAAAUCUAUGAUUGAAUACUAACCAGUCUAAAGAACCGAAUAUGUUCCUACAUAAAAAAAAGUUACAGAUUACUAUGCUGUCGAAUAUUAAAAAGAAUAUAUUCCCUAAGUAUAUUAAGAUAGAUAUAUUGAAUAUAUUCCUCAAGAAAAAGUUUAAGAAAGAGUCGAAUAUUAAGCAAUAGAAAGAAAAAUAGUACACUAACCUACCCAACAAGUAUAAUAAUAAGUCAUAACUUAACCUCUUGUUUAAUCUUAAGUUAUUACUUAACCUGUUAUCUAAUAAGUUAUUUAACCUGCAUAAAAGGUUUAAUAUUAAUACGGUACUGCUCCUGUUAUUAAUUAAUCUGUUAUCUAUAAUAGACAUCCUGUAUAAUAAAGAGUUACUAAUGUUUUGCUUGGUAGUAGAGUUGGUAAUUAGGGAGCUUCUUAUUUGCCUUCAAGUACUUAUAGACCUUCUGAACAUGGAUAAAGAGCUAUUUAUUCACCUAAUAAAAAACUCAAAAAGAGCGUAUUUGAAAAGAUUUUUGGAUGAUUUUUUUUUUUUUGAACAUAUAAAUAAAAAAAUAAAAAAGAUAUAUAUAUAUAUAUAAUUGCGAAGCGGCGACAAAAAUAAAUUAUAUAUAUUCUUUUUAUUAAUAUAUUUAAGUUUUUUUAUUUUCUUU